AUGGCGGCGCUGCCGCUGCCGCCGGGGCUGCGCCUGCGGCUCCGUGAGGGGAUCCCGCAGGACACCGCCCGGGAGCUCCUCUGGGAGCCCCCUCAGCUCCCCGCUCAGCCCCUGCCGCCCUUCACCUUCGCCCCCCGCCGCCUCCGCCUCGGCCCGCAGCAUCCGCUGCUGGAGGACGGGGACGUGCACAGGCACCUCUACCUGCAGGGCGUCCUCACCAGCCUCGAGGAGGUCUCCGAGAGACCCAAUGUCCCCAAGCACACGAGCUGUCCUGCAGAGCAGGGCCCCAGCGUGCCCAUGGAAGUGAGCGUGGAGACGGCGGAGCAAUUCCAGCUGGACCCCGUGGAAACAGGGCCUGGUGAGGACAUGGAGAUCCCUCAGCCUGCAGCCAGCCCUGGCCCCUCGCUGCCAGAGAAACGGCUCUACAGAUCCAGGAUCCCAUCCACAAUUUGCUUUGGACAAGGUGCCACCCGAGGAUUUAAAGGACCAAGGAAGAAAGUCUGAAGG